CUAUUCCAUUAUCCAGCGACUUAAUAAAUAGAACUUGAACAAAAGACAAAAAUCUCGUGAAAUUACGAUAAAUUAUUCUAAAUUUCUUCCAAUAAAUUUACGUUUUCCAAUUUUUGUUCCGUCCGUGUUGAAGCUGUCUGCAUUCUACAACGAUAAGAAGUUUCCAUUGUAGGGAAGAAAUAUAAUAGUCUGGUGUGGCCUUAAGACAAAAGAGGGUUUAACAAUGGCAAUGGCGUCGAGAGCCACUAGCAAGUCCAUAAUUUGUUCAGAGACUGAGGUUGAAAUGCACCGCAUAAUUUACAACUGGGACAUUAAUAAUUUCGAUAGAAUUUGUACUCCCGAGAGUGACGAGUUUGAACCCAUUUCGUCCACCCCCUUCCGAGCUGGACAAGAAAUUAAUAGAGAAUCCGAGUGGGACUUGAUUCUAUCAGCAGAAGGAGGCUAUUUACAGAUCUGGCUGUAUCUAAAAAAGAUAUAUAAUGAAAUGAUUAAAGACAUUUCCGUAAAUUUGACAGUCCUAAUUUUAAAAUCAGAUGGAACCACUCUUCUGAGACGUCGGUGCGACAAAAAUCAGACAUUCACUGCAGAAGAUAACGGAUGGGGUAUGGGAUAUAUAAUCACAAUCGAAACUUUAUGGGAGGAACGCGAAAAUUACUUAAUGGAUAAUAAGCUACGACUGCAAAUUCAGCUAGACAUAUUAGGAGAAGUUACAAGCAGAUUUAAAACGCCAGGAACGGGAACACUACUUCUUUCCCGGCCACUGGGACUUCCAUCAGGGAAACGAAAGCGUACUCACUGUGAUGAUUCAGACACUACAGAUCAUGAAGAUCCUGGGAGUACAAUAAUGAAAAGAGAUAUGAAAAAACUGCUGAAAUCACAAAAUGAUGCCGAUAUGACGAUCGAGUGUGGGAAAAAGUCAUUUUCGGUGCACAAAUUAAUCUUGUCAGCUCGAAGUAAGGUGUUUUCCGCAAUGUUCAAACACGACACGGUGGAAACUCGAUCUCAUAUUGUAAAGAUUCCAGACGUCCCAGAGUCCACGAUGGAAAGCCUGCUUGAAUACAUUUAUACUGGGGGAGUUGCAAUGCCAUCGGAUGUAGAAGAAAUAAUGUCUCUCGUCGAAGCUAGUGACAAAUAUCAGCUAAAUGAACUAAAGAACCGUUGUCUUCGAUCCUUAUGUACUCAAAUUACUCCAGAAAAUGUGGGCAGAAUUACUAUUCUAUCCUACAUGCACAAUGCCGAACUUAUUAUUCAAGAAGAACUACGUCAGUACUGUCGCAGCAAUUGGGACUCGCUACUCAAGAAAAAGUCGUUCAAGGAGUGUCUCGUCACUUCUCCUCGAGCCUUUUUCGACGACAUCAAAAGUCUCAGUGGCGUAGAUUCGGAUUGAUGUCACUAUCGUUUAAUUUUGCAAAUUAACCAUCGUUUUGCAGCGCAUUUCUUAGAUUUCUAUUUUGUUUGAUAAAGUAUUUCCUGUUGAGCUAUUGCGUUUUGUAUUAACAGACCUGCACCUUUUGUCGGGGAAAAUCUUUCUUCCAAACUCGCCAUUAUUAUACUCUUCAAGGAUUAAAACUCUACCAUUAAUUAUUUUACAUAGACUGAAACAGACGCAUAAUAUAGAUAGAUAGGCGAUUGUAUCGUUGUAAGCGGAUUUACAUAUGUAUCGAGUCACUAAAUUUAACGCACUUGAAUAAUCUACAAACACACGAUAAUGUUCCAGUUAUAUCGCAUUAAUCAAUGACACGUAAGUUACAAAUAUCAUACAACUUUGUACCUAUGAAUCGUAUUUUUUUUGCUUUGAAUUUAUAAUUUCUUGCCCGUAAUGAGGCUAUUAAGAUUCGACUUCUAAAUAACAAACUAUUCUGGAUUGUAUUGUAUAUAUAAUACAUGAAUUACGACUUAAUAUGUAACUUUUUGGUUUAAGAUUAGUAUACAAAAUGUGAUCUGAUUAUAUCAUUUUUAUUUACCGAGAAUAACAAUAAUACGUGAAUUCCUUGCUUCCAGAACUACUCUAA